AUGGUCGUGAUGAUCGUCAUGAUGGUCGUGAUGAUCGUCAUGAUGGUCAUGAUGAUCGUCAUGAUGGUCGUCGUGGUGGUCAUCAUGGUCGUCAUGAUGGUCGUCGUGGUGGUCAUCAUGGUCGUCAUGAUGGUCGUCGUGGUGGUCAUCAUGGUCGUCAUGAUGGUCAUCAUGGUCAUCGUCGUCCUUCUUCGCCUUUUUCAGCGCACACGCCUUCACCCACACCGCGGCCGUGCUGUUGACUUUGAGGUCUGGGUCGAUGACCUCCAGCUGUUCCUCCAGUGCGAUAGGGCAGACGGCCUCUCUUUGUUCGACCUCACCUCUGGUGCCUUCCCUGCCCCGGCUGCUACUGCUGACAGCACUGUUCGCUCACAGUGGGCGACUCGCGAUGCUGCUGCCCGUCUUGCUGUGCGUCGCCACUUACCGACCACUGAGCAUGCGCACUUUAGCCAGUACAAGAGUGCUCAGACCUUGUACGACGCUGUAGUUGCACGCUACUCUUCCCCUGCCACUGCUGCACUGAGCCGCCUCAUGCUACCGUACCUCUUCCCUGACCUUGCUGCCUUUCCCAUAGUCGCUGACCUGAUUACGCACCUCCGCACUAGUGACACUCGCCACCGCGCUACGCUUCCUGCUGAGGACCACUUCCUCUCAGUUUGCCCCACCACUCUCACCGUUGACCUCCUCGAGAAGGCCCUCCUAGUAGCAGAGACGAGCAUAGUCGCUGUAGGAGCCUCUCGUGGUGACCCUCGCACCCCCGUCUUUGAGGGGUGUUCCCCCUCCCCCCUCUUGCCCUCUGUUGCUUCUGUUGCUGCUGCCGACCUCGUUGGUUUCUACGGGGUCGGCGCUGCGUCUGCCCCUAGCGGGAGACGCCGCACCAGCAAGGGCAAGGGGGGCAAGGGAACAGGAGGGGCUAGCGGGGGCAGUGGAGGUGGUGGUGGUGGAGGCAGUGGAGGGAGUGGGGGUGGUGGUGGGAGUGGUGGCGGGGGCGUUGGUGGCGGCGGCAGCAGUGGAGGCGGAGGAGGCGGCGGUGGUGGCGGAGGGAGCGGAGGCGGCGGAGGUGGCGGAGGAGGCGGCGGUGGAGGAGGCGGCGGAGGCGGCGGCGGAGGCGGUGGUGGAGCGGGUCGCGACUCUACGCAGAGGAGUGGGUCAGGUGGUGGUCCGCGCCAGCAGCAGCAGCGCGGUCGUGAGACCCUGUCCCCUCAGCAGCUUCGUAAGUGGUACUAA